UAACAAUCACAUCGUUGUUUGUUUAUUUGCUAUACCCACCGACAAGGACGACGGUGGCGGUGACGGCGACGGCGACGGCGACGACGGCGACAGCGACGACGAGUCGUACAAACAAACCGGUCAACAUAAGCCAUGUUAUGCACAAACGAGUUGACGACGGGGCCUUUACCAAGGCCAGACAACGAUUAUCGGCCACCACCUGGGUUAAACCGAUAUUCGUUGCACAGGCCUCUACCGGGGCUACUUCCGUUGCAGACGAGACCAGCAGUGAAUCGACCUCUGCCCGGACUGUAUCGGAUAUUACCACAGCAACUAGUAAAUCAGGAUCCACAGAGAUCAGCAUUUCGGCCACCACCUGGACUGCACCGAUUACCUCCUGGGCUGCACCGAUUACCUCGGACUUUCGCCAAUAUUACCACAACAACCGCAACCACCACAACCACCACAACCACCGACAUAGUAAGUAUGCCUAUACCAUUUUUUCACCGUAAUGAUGAGCUUUGGGGUGAUGACGAAGAGCGAGAACGUAGACAACAGAGAUUCUCUUUGAUAUACUUAGAUGACUUUGUGCGAAUGGAAGAAAACGAUUACCGCCGUCGAUACGGCCUCCGUGUCAUACAAGGACGACCCUGGUUACUCCGGGGUGCGGGUCAAGGUCCGCUAGAAUUAUAUGAAAGAGGGGAAGAGCUUUACACACCACUAUUUACCGUCAUGUUAGUGCCGUCCAACCUCGAGGACCCCAACGAAGAACUCGAGUUUAUGCACGGCGAUCCGCUUGAUCCAAACCAUGGCCUACCACUCGACAUGCAUGCCAUCAACACCGCGGAAAUGUUGAACGAACGCUUUCUCCAAAUGGAAAAUUUGAUAAUCAACGACCAAGAGACUGUAGACGCUAUACAAAGGUUGCGGAACACGCUUUCCGCCCAGGACUCUUCCAACUGGAUCUUGUUGAUUGUAAUAAUAGCCACGAUGCACCCGCAUCCGAACGACCCGCCAAUGGUUCGGUUUAACCCUGGCAGAUUGUCGAUCAACCGAGCCGCGCGCAUGUUGGUGGGCUCCCGUGGUAUAGUGCAUGGUUGGUCUGGUGACAUGCCAAACAUAAUAAACGCGUUACAACAACACGGUGACUUUUCGCCAUUCAUAUGGUCGUACGAAUGUUCUAUUGACGCUGAGACGGAUGGAGACAGUUCGUUUGACUCAGAUUCCGUCGGUUACGAGAGCGGCAGUUGGAAAAGCGGGCCGCGUGGUGUGGCCCGUGGCCGCCCGCCGGUUACCGGUAUGUCAUCGUUGAGCGAGGCGUCCAGUGUGAUUACCAGCGACGAAGAAUUCGUACAUCGGAUGGACACUGUGAGUAACGCUGAUGACGCGGACGGAUCUUUCAGGCUUAAGAGAUUCAAGGGCUACAUGAGACGUUCGGCCAUCGAACGACGUGAGCGCCGAGCCAUGAGGCGGGCGAGACGUGAGACGCGUAACCACUACGACUGGCAGCGACGACUGGAAGAUCCUGCUUACGACAUGGAGGCUAGACGUGCCGAGGUAUUGGCUGCUGAGAGUUGCCGCAACGAGAGUCGCGCCCAAGAAUUGUUAAACGCCGAACGGAAAACGGAACGCGUCUUACACUGGUGCCAGACCCAGCAGGGCAUAGUGGCAGGCAUGGACAGCCAGUUGUCUCCCAGCGACGAGCUGGUGGAUUACCGGCUGAAAGACUUGAGACAGUCACUUUGUGAACAGGUUUCUCAUACUUGGAUGCAAUUUUAUGGAGACCAAACGGCCGCUGAAGCGACACCCGAAGAGAUGGACCAAUUGGUAUUUGACUGCUGGAUGACGCCUGUCCGGUGGAUUCGCCAAACUGGCCCCAAUUGUGGAUUGGCAGUGCUUGCUAUGGCUGCACGUCCAAUACUGACUUGUGAGGCAGCGAUGGGCAGUGCUCGUGAUUGUGGUGAUAACUACAAUGGAUUAGAAGACGUUGAUGAGCUAAAUGAGGUGGUGAAAAAAGCCAUUUUGGAUUCCAUAGAAAAAGAGCGACGAAAGGCUGUACACUCUACAAACAGUACAAUCCAUCCGGCACCAGACAUUGACGUACCUAAUUUAGCUGAUAUACAAAAGGAGGCUAUAAGAUCCGGGUACUCUGGCCGUGGUGAAAUGUUUAGCACCCAGGCCAUGGCCAGUCUGGCUAAAACGCACCAAACCGGACGAUACAAUGUGACGCUGGUAAAGCGUGAUUUAUUGGAUAUGACAGACGAAGUUAAUGAAGAUGACGUUGGUACUGAAAUAAUAAGAUCUGAGAUUGAAAAUGCUACUAUUGGGCCAACCAACCUCAACAUGGAUGAUGUUAUUAACGAAUUAGAUCAAAACAUCGAUUCACGUACGAGGUCGUUCGAGAACGUAAAUGUACAACCAUCGUCAUCGGAACUGACCGUAGUCCAGCGUCUGAUGCGUGGUCACCUGAUCGCUGUUUGUUUUGAUUGCGAUAGGAGUAUGAUGCCGUCUCUGACAAAUGGCGGAAGCACAGCACAUUGGGCACUUUUAUGUGGUGUUAUCAUAGGAAAGCCCCAUAAAAGACAAGAAAAGAAAAUUCAGCAACACGACGACGAGUUAUCUGAUGAAGAUUUGUUAAAAUAUGGAUAUCUAUAUGCAUAUGAUCCAAAUACGACCGAGUUUAUCCCAAAUGGUUACAUCGAUAGAAGAGUACUAGACAUUGAAAAUCCUAUUGGUAGAGCCACUACUCAAUCCAGUCGAAGUCAUUUGGAAAAUAUUAAUGUUGACGAUGCUAGUAUAGCAGAAGAAGAUUAUGAUGAUACAAAACAAAGUUUCACGGAGGACGCAAGUUCUUAUAAUUCUUAUGACAUAUCUGAUCUGGACUUGAAGCGGGAUGCUGACCGUGUGUGGGUGAUAGCCCGACAUGGAAAAAUAGGCGGUCGGUAUGCUGUGUGGUCUCUCAAAGAGCUUGCUAAAAGUAACUAUCAGUUACGUACUCCUUCAGAUAAGAUUUUGCAUAGUAUUCCGUCACAAGUAAAAAUGCAAUGGGACAACAAACAGCAGCCCAUCGAUUGUAAUACUGCCAAUUUAUUCUUGGAGAAAACGGAAUCCAUUUUGAUUGACAAUAAUCACGAUAGUAAGACCUAUUGUAAUUUAGAUCCAGCCGAUACUGACUAUAAGUUUCUGCGUUCGGAGAAACCUAUGGUCGAGUUACCGGUCGAACCGUGGCUGGAGGAAAAUAUUAUGGUGAUAAAGAAUCCAGUUUCAGAACAGAUACACGUAGAAGAACUAUCACCACCACUAAUGCUAAUACCAAAACCACAAUCACCACUUCUUAUAUCACCACCACCAACAGCACAACUAUCUCUACCACCUCUAAAAACAUCACCAUCACUACAACCACCGGCUCCACCUCCACCACCGACACCGCCAACACAACUACCUCCAUCAUCUCUAUCAACAUCACCACCAACACAGCCGUCACCUCCACCUCCACCACCACCGCCAACACAACCAAUACCACCGCCGCCGCCACCACCACCAGUAGCAAAAACAAACAUGUGUGAUGACUACAAUGAACCACCGUUUGUGUUACCGGAAGGACCUAGACUCGAUCUGUGUUUGGCCCAUCAGUUCAUUUCAUUUGAACCAGUCCGUGUGCCGACCAUAAUAUCCGAAGAGGACAAUCAACAAACACUAAACCCAUUGUCCACGAUCCAGUGUCACUUUUCAUUUAAAAUUAACCAGGAUUUAAAAAUAUUGGAUCUUACCAAAAAUACUACAGAUCGCUGGCCAAGACAACACCGUCGCCAGCCUUCGAUGUCAUCUUCAGAAAGUAGUACGUCACCAGAUCGGCAACAGACGCGAUCAAUAGAACACUGUCCAGUGGACCAAAUAACAAAUCCAGAAGAACAUUUUGUUCAGUCAAAAUCAGCGAAACAAAUAAUUCAAUCCCAAAUGGAUAUAAAAUGGCCUCUGGAACUAAAACAACUGCAGCCACAGAUUUUCUCUGAAUCUAGAUUACCACCGUCCAAGUUGUCAAAAGCUAUGCGUUUGGUGAUUCGAAGACGACUACAACUGCAUCAAACUGAAGAAGAAGAACGUUGGUCUUAGAUACUUCGAAAGACGAUAACCUAUCUUCUACAACUAACCCACUACCCUAACAUCCAUCGACGCUAAUUUCUUCAUCACGUCCUUAAUAGGAGGUUCGUCAACAACACCGUUCCUCAUGAUUUGAGUUCAACUAGUCCCUAAAUUUUCUUUCGCAUUCGCCAACGUCUUACUAGAUGCUCUACUUAGCAAAACACAUUUUGCACAUCAUCUGCUAUUUUAAUGUUUGUAACAACUCCAUUGGAUUAAUUACGACAUGCAACUUUUAGUAAGUAACAAAGUAUGUUGCAUGAAUUUUUAUAAUUUGUAUAUAUGUAAAUUGUAUUAUAAAUUGAAUUGUAUAAUUAAUUUAUAAUUUUCAAUAUUUAUAUAGGAAAACUAUAAUGUAUAAAUAUAUGAUAAUAUAAUAGUGGUAAUUAUAGUUUGUAGUAUAUAGUAUAUAAUACACAUAUUGGCAGGGGUGGAUUUAUGGGGUGAGCGAUGUGGUGAUUUCCACCACCCCCUGGAAUUAAAAUCCAAUUGUUACUUACGUUAAAGUCUUCAUUGUAUCUGGUACCUUAUAUGUCAAUCAAACAUAGCCCUGUUCACCCUCCCUUAAAUUAACUUAAGAUCUUCUCCUGCACAUUUGUCGGUCUCGGAAAAUUACUGACAUAGAACUAUUAUUUAAUGGUAUUGUAAUAGGCGUAGAUAUCUAUAUUAUACUAGAUAGCCAACUAUCUUAAAACCAAUGACGCCUAGCGGUCAUAUGCAGAUAGGGCAAUGUUAACAAAUAAUUAUUAUAAACUAUUUCUUAUCGAUAGAAAAUGAUUAGUAUAAUAAUGAUAAUUUAUAAAAGUUAAAUCAGCAAGAUAUUUGCUAUCAAAGAUCAAACAUACCAAUUAUUAUAUUUGCAUUAACAUCAGUUUGUUAACAUUGUCCUAAUUGCAUAUGGCGACCUACUUGAUAUAUGAGUGUAUAAUAUUAUAACAUUUGGAUUCGGCUUUCUAGUAUAUUAGUAUAAAUAAAUAGUAUAUUAUAGAUAUCUGUGUUAAUUAUCAUAGUAUAACUUAAGUUUAUCAAUUUUAAAUAUGUACAUUCGUCAUAAUGUGACUAAUUUCAUUUUGAACGAUGUAAAUUAAACUAUUAUUUAGGUACUAAUAUUUUUAAUAAUACUAAUAUUGAAAACAUGCAUUUCCAUCCUCCGGCGAGCAGUCGAUUAUUCGAGUGAUAAACAUUAUACUCAGUACCGCCGACGAGUAACUUAAAUUGUAUUAUUUAUGUAUCUCAUAACUCUAUGAACAAAAUCCGUGAUUAAGCUACAGGGUAAAAAAUAAAUAGCCUAACAUGAUAUUAAUCCGUACUAGUGACGAAAUAAAUAUCAACAUUCAACGUCAUGUAUGAUAUGUACAAACAAAUUGUUAAUUAGCUUAUUCCUAAGAAUAGUAAAUACUAACCUUAUAUUAUAUAAGUUGCAAAUUUAUUAUGGUUAAUGUUAAGGCUAGUAUAGUUGAACAUAGUAGAUAACUAUAAUAUAAAAUAAUAUACAACUAAUUCUUAUAUAGCAUCAAUAGCAUCCAUCAGGUACAUAUUAUGCAUGAGUUAACUUUAAGGCUGAAAUAAUCACACAUACGCCAUACGCGUCGAUUAUAUCAACUUCGUAAAUCCUGCAUAAAACUAUAUAAGUAUAAUUUAUUCGUAAUAACUAAUAAUAUACUUAAGUUGAAUAAUUAGGUAUAUCCACAAUAAUGUGAAUUAAUUUAAAUGAAGUUUAGAUUUUUAAGAAUUAUUAUUUACGUAGAUAUUUACGUAGGAAUACCUAUGGAUUAGGAAACCUACCUUAUAUAGGAUUUAUUAUAUUUAAAGUUUAGCAUAGUUUAUUUAAUUACAGUAUAUGUUAGGGCGUGGGCGUUCAUCAGAAAAUAUAUAUGUCACUUCCCAAACAUUAUUUCAAUAUAAUAUACUAUCACAAUAGUUAAAAUAAUAUGCAGGUAGGAACUUAACAUUUUCUAAGAGAGAAAAUUUCUAAUCAACCCAUAUUAUUCUAAUAAUUUAAAAUUGAAAAAAUAAAUUAAUAAAUCAUAAACACGUAUCGUGCAUCUGCAGCGUAUCCAAGUUAAAUAAAUUUAAUAUUCAUUGAUAUACUAACAUUUUGGAUUAUCUCAUUGAUAUACAAUAUGCCAACAACAAGUUAGUAAUACAUAGGUUUAGUUAAUUUUAUGUUCUAAGGUAAUUUCACUACAAACUCAUGUUUUAUUUACCACCCUAAGAUAAUAAAAUCAAAUGUGGGCCCUUUCAUUGUGUUUAUUAUAAUAAUAUGUUAUAUCAAGUAGUUAUAAACUAGUUUUUAAUUAUCAUAAUCACGUAAUAACAUACAUGUAAUGAUUAUAAACAGAUUGUCAUUGGUCAUUCAAAUAUCAGUAUCAUUUUUUUGUACAAAAUGGUUAAUGAUAUUUCAUAAAUUUUACUAUAUUAAAAUAAUAAUAUUAAUAAUUAAUAUCUUUAACAUUUUUUAAGAGAAUUUUUAGAGAAUUUUUCACUACAGAUUCAUGUUUUUUUAUUCAGCACCCCAUGAGAAAGUAAUCGGAUGUGCGACCUUUUAUUGAGUAUAAUAUAUUUUAAUACAUUUAGUAGUUUUCAGCUAGUUUUUAAUUCUUAUUAUCAUAUUAUCAUAAUAUACAUGUUAGGAUAAUACGAUUAUGAACAAAAUUAUUUUUUGUAAAUAAUACUAAUAAUAAUUCAUUGAUAAAAUACCUUCAUUAUGGGAUUCAUUAUAUUUAUAGUUUAUUUACCUAUAGUAAAUUUAUUAGUAUAAAUAUAUAAGGUAUUCAUCAAAAACUAAUCAUGUCACUUCAUAAAUAUUACAUCAAAUUGUCUUACUAGACAUCGGUUUGGUUUAAAAAUGCUUGUCGAGUCGGGAUUGGGGUUGGCAUGUAUACUUUCUUAAUUUUAAUUUUUUGGAGAAAUAUUAACCUAUAUGUAUAUAUUUUAUUAACAUAAGAAUAAUAGGAUUAAACCAAAUAGUGCUUUAGGCAGUACUAAAAAUGGAACAUUUUCUGAAUCAGGAAGACUAUUUUUCAAUUAUGCAAAAUUUUAGUGAUCCGUUUUUAAAAUUAUAACCCUUUUUAAUAAGUACUUCAGUUGUAUAUUAUCAUGGAACUUACCUCGCACUUAUUAGUACCCCUAAAAUAUUAAAUUAAUUUUUGCCUUUAGGUUCUUAGUUCUUAUCUGCGAAUUUGUGUGUGUGUGUGUGUGUAUUUUUAUAAUGUACAACUGUAAAGGUCUGUAAUGAAUGGACUAUUAAAGAUAAAAGUCUAAAACUCUUCACAGCACUAAUUAUCUUAGUUAAUGUGAUUCUAACAAGUAUAUAAACAAUAAAAUCCUUUAUCCAGUUUCUGAGAUCUUUGUUGUUAAAGAAAACCCUAGCUAAAGUGGACUACCUCUUCUUUCAACUGUUUAAAAAUAAGAAGUUAAUUCAUUUUUAUUACAUUUUUUAAUUUAUCAUUUUUUAUCUACAUAACAAGCACUUUUUAAUGGGCCAUCAGCCAGCUUUCUAGAUUUCAUCAAUCAAGAGAAAAUAUAAAAAAAAAUAGUUUUCAUUAUUAAGUUACAUUUUUAUAAUUUUUGAAAUUCUAGUUUUCAAAAUUCAGAUUUUUUUAUUUUUCAAUUACCAUACUUUCUUGAAUUAUAAUCAAGAAAACAAAAAAAUUAUAAUUUUUCUAUCACAAUUUUUAAUGUAGCUCACGUUUUUUUAAGAUAGGAUUUUAUAAUUAAAUCAUAUUAUUGUAAUGGUUGAAAGUUGAAAAAAAAACAUUAGCAUGAAUGUACGUGCAAUGUAAUGUGCGUAUACUCGCUAAACUAAAUUAAUAUGUCAUUGAUAAGUUAACCUGUUGGAAUAUCGUAUAAUAAUAAAAAGUUUUUAAAAUAUUUAUAUUUGGUUAAUUUUGUGUAUUAGGGUUUCUUCACAACAGACUUGUUUAUUUACUAUCCUAUGAGCAAUUAAUCAUAUGUGCUCCCUUUUUAUUGUGUACCCAUACUAUAUAUGAGGUAUCUACUAGUUUUUAAUUUUAAAAUCAUGUUGUUUUAAAUUCAUUAAUAUAUUAUAUAUUAUCUGGGAGCAUAUAGGCAAACCUCAUUAGAAUUUCAGGGGGGGGGGGGUUAACAUUUUUAACAGUGAGCCUUGGGGGUUUCGAUCCUACACAACUAAAAAUCUGUCUGUUUUUUUGGGGAGAGAGGGCUAUUGAAAUAUCUAAGAGGUGCUUAAAUCCCCAGACCACCUCAUUUCCACCUGUGUGUGGUAAUCUUAGAAUAAAAAUGAAAAAAUAUUUUUUUGGUCGAAUUUGUCGCAAUAUGAAUUUGUCGCAAAUUAUACUUUAUUUAAAAUAUGACAUUUAUAUAAUAAUCUUAAAAUUCAAUUUAAUUAAGGUUAUAAAUAAAUCUAUAAAACAUUUAAAAAAAA